GCGUCCCAUCUGCAGCUUCCUCUUUUAGCCCUGAUAUCAGGGACUUUGCAUCAGCUGCUAUUUGCUCACGAUUGUGUGCAUUUUGACGGACAGACUCACGACGGAUUCUUUAGGCUGGAUUUACUUGGGAGGCUUUGAGGAGCAGUUCAGCAGACAUGAAGGCAUCAACAAAAUGCACGGUUGGUUUCGGAAAAUCUUAAAAACAGGAGAAACUCUGUCAAUACAGCGUGAAAAAGAAGAGAUCAUAACCCCAAACUCUGUGACGUCUGUCGCCUCUUUAUCAUCUCCGUCUGCCUCUCCGCUGCCUGCAGAGCCAUCGGGGAAAUCCCCGUCCAGACCACAGCAACUGCAGCUUGCUCUCACAUCUGAGCAGAGAUGGAAAAAGAAAUAUGACCUUUUUGUGUGCCACAGCUCUACUGACUCAGACAUGGAGGAGGCCACUCGGCUUGUUUUGUCUCUCGAGGCUGCCCCCCACAAACUCCGAUGUUAUCUGUGGCACCGCGACGCCUGCCCGGGAGCUGCCAUCGCUACAGAGUUUGCCCACGCCUUGAAGGAAAGUCAUGUAUGGGCGUUACUUAUCACCCCCAGCUUUGUGCAGGAUGACUGGUGCAAAUAUGUGAUGCACCAAGUUUUGGCAGAGGGACCCAUGUCCAACAGGAUGAUUCCCUUGCUUCAGAACCUGCCACACACAGAGUAUCCUGUGGAACUGAGAUUCUACUACUACAUUGAUUUGAGCAGGAACCCAGACAGAGGUCACAGCAGUGUCAACAAGUCUGUGCUGAGGUACUUGGAGAAUCUGGCCCAAAAAGAGUUGAAAUCUCAUCGCAAGCUGGACAUGUCUGAGAGCAGCUCUCAAAAGGACAAAGAGACGUUGAAGCAAUGCUCCCCUGCAACUUCAACUCUGCCUGUGACGAAUGUGGAAGAGAAAUAGACUUUCCAAUGACUCAUGCAGAGAUUGUAAGCCGAAAAUAAGUCUGCUGCUACUGACCAAGACCACAUUAGUGACUUUAUCGUGACACUAGUUUUACCAGAAAUGUGUGUGUGUGUGUGUGUGUGUUGCUCAUACAGUGACAAUGAUGCAGUGGUUGGUGAUUUAUCUCUUUUUGGAAUCUACACACCCUCUGUUCAUUCAAAAAUCUGAAUGUAAGCCAUGCAAGGGUCACUCUGCCACGCAGCAAAUGCCAGCUAGAGUUUCCCCUGUAGACCUCACAGAUGUCACUUAGGACAAAAAGCUGGUUUUUGAUUAAGCUAACUGGAAAACUAGACAGCGUUUAGCUCUUUAGGUGUCAAACACCACGCCUAAAUCAUAUCAUCUACUACACAAAUGUUUUUGAUCCUCAGCUUUGUCUUUUUUUUUAUCACGAGAUCAACUGAAGGUCACAUAGAUUUGAUCUAUACUGUGUCAUAGUACUACUUUUCUGUUUAAAACAUAAGCGGAGGUUUAGCAUCACAACAUAAAAAACCUCUGAUUUUUCUUCAAGGGGGCUGACAUUCUAACAUUGAAAUCAAUCUAAUCUCUAAAAGGUGCUGCUGGGUUACGAGGCUUUCUCUAAUACUCAUGCAGACAAAAAGAGCUAUCCAGACGAUUACUGAAUUAAAAAAAAACCUAGUUUCCUAUUUCAUCAGAAAGUUCAGGCUUUCUGUUUACUGUCCUGUAUGAAACACAUGGUCUUUAGGUGAAAAUAUUUUAGUCUGUUAUUUAUUGAAAAAACAUUGAAGGCAACAAGAAGUAAAAUUGUUCAAGCUUGAUCUAUUUAAGGUGUUUAAAGCCCCACUCUGAUCAUCUUUUCAUCUUUUUUAAAAGCAGUCCCAGUGAUCUUUUAAUGCUGUUUUUAGCCAAAGUAAAAAAACUGACAUGUUUUAGGACAUAUUUUCUGCAGAGCAGCAGGAGUUCAUUAGAAAUAUCUCUUAGUAUUGGGAGGGACUCUUGGCAUGGGGUAAGCCUGCCCCUACUUCCCGACAUCCAUCUGUUUUUGCAUUCUCCUGACAGCUUACAGCCCUCACACUCCAACCUAAUAUUACACAUCCAAGCAGUGUUGGAGCUAUCAAGCGGUACAGUUUAGAUCCAGAUUCCAGCCCAGACGAGGAAAACAAAGACAUUCAUGGAUCUAUUUGUCUGCAAGUGGAUGAUCAGAAUGGAGCAGUGGCUCACCCACUGUAGCUUCUACGCCACUGCUACAAGCUUCUAAUUUUUUAUUUCAGUCUGCUCCCAAUUCAACACAAUUUGAAUAAAGAAAUAGUCAGAAAUCCAAUUUUAAGCUGAAUUUUCUUUAUACAUGUCCUAUAUCUAUAUGUUACACGUUGGGCUUAAAAGAGGUUUGAUAUUUAAACACCUGUACCCCUAUUGACUACAGAGUUUUCUGGUGUUUAGCUCCUGAGAAUAAUUUUAAUGAUUGAAUGUUUUAUGAAGAAAACAAAUGACUUUUGUCGUGUUUUAUCUACAUUUGUGGUGAAAUGUAAUAAUAAAAGAACAAGCUACUAAACAGAA